UCCGAACGAAAAAGACUAAUGACUAUUCCCAUUAAAAUGUCUAAAGGCAGCAGAGUCCUUUUCGACGAGAGUUGGUCGUCGUAUGAUCGUCGUAUGAUCGUACCAUACGCGUCGCCGUUUGGUCGUCCAUAAAACAAGUUUUUUUUAUCAUUGUCGUUAAUGUUCAACAAUCUUCAACAGCAAGUCAGCAAGUGACGGCGGAACGGCACACGAAUCCGAAGCAUUUUUUUUUUCAAAUCCCUAACGAAACAACACGUGCUAAAUAUAAUCUAUAUUAUACAUAGAUAUUAUUAAUUUACAGUAUUUACACGACGCCCGCUCGUAGUAUCUAUUCUCUAUCGGUAAUCAGUAUUAUCACAAUCGCGCUGCUUAAAAUCCAGCGGUUGUAGUGGACGAAAUUUUUUUCUCAAUUAUUAUUUUUUCUCACUGAUAACGAGUGGCUACCAGUCCGCGUGAGAAAGUUAAGAAACUUACUGGAGGGUGCUCUGGUUAUCGUGUCGAUCUGACUGCUACAAAAAUGCGUUGAACCGAAAACGUACCUGAGAUUUUGAUGUGGAGCAGCUAGAACAUUAGGAACAGGAGUAGUUCUCACUUUAUUUGGCGAUUGCGAUGGCGGACAGCGAUACUGAUGACAUCCUGUCGGAAGGUUUCUUGGAACCUGGAGAACUAUUGGACAGUGACGACAAUCAGCCAGUUGACAACAGCACGUCGGCRCGGACCAGCCAGCCGAUCACACAUCUUAACAGACCCAAAUUGAAUAGAAACACGUUCCAAACUGCCACUGCGUCCAAUUCGGAUCAACAGCCCACACAUUCAUUAGACAUCACUGACAAACAAGUCCAGUAUGUUUUAAACAGUCUUGGCAUGAACAAAAACGACAAAGACAUUCAGCUGAAUGCUUUACAUUUGCACGGAGUCGUGGGAAUGACCACUAAAGAUAUAAUCGAUUAUUUUGAUAAAUAUGAUCCUAAAUUUUUGGAAUGGGUAUCAAAUUCUGAAUGUAAUGUUGUAUGGUUAGAUGAUCGAAUGCCUACUAAGGCGUUAUUGGACUUAACUCGACCGAUACGCGAACUUAAACAUAUUACGAAUACAGUUAAUGAUGAAUUAAAYAAUGAACCUGGAGUUUUAAAUGAAAAUCAAAACGAUGACCACAUGGAUCAAGAUGACGUAUUAGUAUCAGAAGAUUAUGUCAGCUGUGUGGGUUAUGAGUUGCCUCCAGGUAUGUGGCGGAAAGCAAUUAAGCCAUAUGAAAAAUCCAAGUGCAUAUUGAUGAGAUAUAGUACUAUAUAUGAUAAACUAGAUGUAAAGAAUAAAAGUGCUGAUGUAGAAGAUGGAGAUUAUGAAUUAUUUUCCCAAGAAAGUCGUAAACGUAAGUUUAUACCAGUAAUCAAUCAUCCUGAUAUUGGAGAUGAAAUGUUGAAAGAUGAUGUUCGGUGGAAAUUGGCCAAAAAUCCAGGAAUCAAUACUUGGACUGCAAUAGCCAAAACUUGGAGCCAAUAUGACAAUGCUAUGGAUAAUGCUAAAUACAAAUCCAAAGUACGCACUCCGUCGCCACCACCACCCACAUCAUCAUCAGGUGCAGCUAGUGAAGACGACGACGACGAUGAUUAUAAUGAUGCUAGGUAUAGAGAGAGCAAAAUACCAAGAAUGCGCAUGUAUGCAGAUGAUGAGACACAAGCUAUUACAAGGAAGCGUCUGAAUUCAAGUUCAAAUUCAAGACAUCAAGUAAAUAUAGCCAAUGACUUGCGAGAACGUCUUAAUGGACGUUUGGUAUCUGCUAAAGUAGCCAAAGCUAUUCGUGCUGCUAAAGCGCAUCAGUAUCUUGAUGAUGAAUCACUUGAAGUAGAUGUUGAAGAUGUAAAUGAUGAGGAAUUCUCUGAUAUUCCAUUUAGCCGUGCAACUCGUCGAGAUAUUCCACGCCGCCAGUAUUUACAUGAAGAUGAUGGUGAUUGCACAAGUGAUGAAGAUGUGUACGAAAAGAGACAUGUGAAGAGUAGGCUUGGGCCUCAUAGAAAACAUGGUCACCGCUAUAAUGCUCGUUCUGUGUCUCCACUCCAGAUACAAAUUAAUAACGAUAAAUAUUAUAAGCGUUUAAAUCGGCGUUAAUAACAUAAUUAAAUAUGGAUAAUGUUUUUGA